UAAUGUCUGUCGAUUAAGCGAUAAUUUUGGAAAUUACUUUGUUGCAACCCCGUCAACUUAUCAGAAAUUUUUCGAACCACACGUUGUCGGAAUUUUAGUUUUAUCCUGUAGGAUUUAAAUUUAACUGCCUUUUGAAUCGGCAGUAGGACUGGAAACACAAUUGUACCUUUCCUCUUUCCUCUUUACCAAAGUCUCCGCCCAAGCGCGUUUAAGGCCCGGUGUACAUACGUUUCUGUCCGGUCCUCAAAGUUUGCGAUUGUGCUUCUCUGGAUAAUUUGAUUUAUCAGAUAAGAAAUUUGGAAGCGCAACAGAUCGUCGGCAGUUUUGAAGGCUGUUCCAAUGUUGGCUGCGUUGUGAUGCCAGUAAUGGGGCGACGGUGCAUACUCGUAAUCUCGAGUUACGAGUUACGAGACAUACCCAAAAUUUCUUGGGAAUUUUUAAGCGGAGAUCAACAUGGCUGCUCCAACGACAGACUUUGAUCGCCGCAAACAGAUUUCAGUGCGUGGCAUUGCGGAAGUGGAAUCGGUGGCCAACAUCAAGAAAACCUUCAAUCAGCAUCUGCAUUUUACAUUGGUGAAGGAUCGCAAUGUGGCUACGCCACGGGAUUAUUUCUUUGCUCUGGCACAUACCGUUCGCGAUCAUUUGGUUGGCCGUUGGAUCCGCACGCAGCAGUAUUACUACGAACACGAUCCAAAGCGUGUGUAUUACUUGUCUUUGGAGUAUUACAUUGGUCGGUCGUUACAAAAUACAAUGGUCAAUCUCGGAAUCCAAGCGGCAUGUGACGAAGCGCUGUACCAGCUUGGUUUGGAUAUUGAAGAAUUGCAGGAGUUAGAAGAAGAUGCUGGUCUGGGUAACGGUGGUUUGGGACGUUUAGCGGCAUGCUUUAUGGACUCGAUGGCCACCCUCGGGUUGGCUGCUCACGGCUAUGGAAUUCGCUAUGACUACGGCAUUUUUGAUCAAAAAAUCCGCGAUGGCGAACAAGUUGAAGAGCCGGAUGAUUGGUUGCGUUUCGGAAGUCCCUGGGAAAAGGCUCGUCCGGAAUAUAUGCUGCCGGUGAAUUUCUAUGGUCGUACUGAGAAGCACGAGCAUGGAGUCCGAUGGAUUGAUACAGAUGUGAUUUUUGCCAUGCCGUACGACAUGCCUGUUCCCGGGUACAUGAAUAACACCGUCAACACUUUGCGGUUGUGGUCAGCCAAAUCUCCUCAUGAUUUCAAUUUGAAAUUUUUCAACGAGGGCGACUACAUUCAAGCCGUGUUGAAUCGAAAUAAUGCGGAAAACAUUUCACGUGUUCUUUACCCAAACGACAACUUCUUCUCGGGAAAGGAACUCCGUCUGAAGCAAGAAUACUUCAUGGUGGCGGCCUCCCUUCAGGAUCUCACCCGCCGCUUCAAAUCAUCAAAGUUUGGAUGUCGUGAUCCAGUGCGAACCUCUUUCGACGCUUUUCCAGAUAAAGUAGCCAUUCAACUGAAUGAUACCCAUCCGUCUUUGGCCAUUCCGGAAUUGAUGCGAAUCUUGAUUGAUAUCGAAGGCCUUACAUGGGAAAAUGCCUGGGAAGUGACUGUGAAAACAUGCGCCUACACAAACCACACAGUUUUGCCAGAAGCUCUGGAACGCUGGACCACGGGACAGCUCCAGCAUCUUUUGCCGCGACAUCUGGAAAUUAUUUACCAUAUUAAUUUCCUCUUUCUGCAAGAGGUGGCUAAGAAGUGGCCCGGUGAUAAUGAUCGUUUACGGCGAAUGUCACUAGUGGAAGAAGAAGGCGAAAAGCGGAUUAAUAUGGCCUUUCUGGCUAUCGUCGGUUCUCACGCUGUUAACGGUGUGGCUGCGCUGCAUACAGAGUUACUGAAGGAAACGAUCUUCAAGGACUUUUAUGAAUUGUGGCCGGACAAAUUCCAGAACAAGACUAACGGCAUUACUCCAAGACGGUGGUUGUUGUUGUGUAAUCCUUCGUUGGCAGAUAUUAUUACGGAUAAGAUUGGAGAUGAGUGGGUGCGAGAUUUGAGUCAGUUGGAAAAACUUAAGCCUUUGGUGGAUGACCAACAGUUCCUGCGUCGACUAGUGCAGAUUAAACAGGAAAACAAAAUGCGAUUGGCUGGCUGGAUUAAGGAAAAGUUCGGCACCUAUAUUAAUCCAGCAUCCAUGUUUGACAUUCAAGUCAAGCGCAUCCAUGAAUACAAAAGGCAGAUGUUAAACUGCCUGCACAUAAUCACGAUGUACAAUCGCCUGAAACGCAACCCGAAUCAGCCCUUUGUUCCGCGAACGGUCAUGAUUGGUGGUAAAGCUGCUCCGGGUUAUCAUCUGGCCAAGCAGACCAUCAAACUGAUUUGCGCUGUGGCUCGAGUCGUUAAUAACGAUCCUAUUAUUGGCGAUCGUUUGAAAGUAAUAUUUUUGGAAAACUAUCGUGUGAGUCUAGCGGAAAAAAUCAUCCCAGCUGCUGAUCUCAGUGAACAAAUUUCACUGGCCGGAACAGAAGCUUCCGGUACUGGUAAUAUGAAAUUCCAGUUAAACGGAUCGCUGACCAUUGGAACGUUGGAUGGUGCUAAUGUGGAAAUGCGGGAAGAAAUGGGUGCAGAAAAUUUCUUCUUGUUUGGAAUGACCGUUGAUGAAGUGACCGAGCUCGGACGCCGUGGAUAUAAUUCGUUUGACUAUUACAACGGUAACCCUGAGCUGAAGAUGGCCAUCGAUCAAAUUCGCAGUGGAUUUUUCUCGCCGAGCCAUCCGGAAACGUUUCAUGACGUGGUCAAUGUUCUGCUGCACCAUGAUAGGUUUUUCACGUUGGCUGAUUUUGAUGCCUACGUAAAAUGCCAGGAGAAUGUUAGCGCAGUGUAUGCCGAUCCCAUGAAAUGGGCGAAGAUGAGCUUGAUGAAUAUUGCAACCAGCGGGAAAUUUAGCACUGACCGGACAAUUUCGCAGUACGCUCGUGAAAUUUGGGGUGUUGAACCGAGCUAUGAUCGCCUUCCAGCGCCCCAUGAGCCGUUGUUCGCUCCUAAUCUGGGCAAAGCCGGCGCGAAGGGAGCUAAAGAAGGAGGUGAAUCAAAGGCUCCUGCAGCCAAGGAAGCUGGUGACGCUGUUUCGAAGUGAUAAAUCACGGAAAGUUUAGUCGGUUACGAUGGAAGUAUUUUAUUUCUUUACCAUGUUUGCUUACUUGCCUUUCGUUUUACAACCGUGGACACUUUAAUUUAUUGUGUUUUUUCAUGUCUUUAUUGUUGCGAAACUGACUGGUUUGCGGGGCUUCAGUGAAAUUUUUUGGGGGAUUUUGGCGUUUUUUCGUGUUUUCAUUGCUUAAUAAUUUUUCCUUGUAAUAAUUUAUGACGUAUUAAAUUCGCUCAAAAGC